AUGAGCUACCAGCUCCCACACCUCCUGCUCGCCGUCUGCGUGCCGGCCUGUCCUCUGGCCAGUGGGAUGUUUGAGUGGCUGAGGAACCCACAACCUUCUCCUGCAGCACCUCCUCCUCCUCCUCCUGUUGCUCCAGCACAUCUCUCGCCUAAGGAUGCUUGGUUUGAGGUGAUGAUGGCAGACGAGAAGCUUCUGUCGGAAGCGGAGCAGCUGGAGCUCAUGACAUCUGUCAUUCCAAGCUGCAGUUCUCUUCAGGUGUUUUCCUGGGUGAGGUCCAGCUGUGAGAGCCUCUUGGAGGAAACUUUAGUAAAGCUGGGUGUGGAGGUGUUCAACUGCCAGACAGACAGCAGUGAGAGACUUUCCUGUAGAAAUAAGGAGUGCACGUCUGACAUCCAGACAGUAACCAAGCUAAAUCGGUUUGCUACACGACCCCUCACAAAUGAGAGUUUAAAGCCAGCCAAAUUAAAGCGACAUUUGGAAACGCUCCACGCUGAUUUGGUAAAUAAACCACCGGGCUUCUUUCAAAGAAAGGCGCAGGAGAUUAAAUCAUCUGCUCAUCUUCUUCGCAGAAAUGUCACAUUAAAUGACAAAGCUCAGCUUGCAUCCUACAUGGUUUCUUACCGUGUGGCCACUGAGAAAAAGCCUCACACCAUUGCAGAACAACUCAUCUUGCCUGCUGCAAGUGCAGUUAUUGAUGAAAAGGCUGCAGAGAAAUUAAAAUGCAUUCCACUGAGUGACAACACAGUUUCCAGAAGGAUUAUUGAUAUUUCAAGCAACCUUGAGGAGCAGCUUAUUUCUAGACUGAAGACGGCAGGGGACUUUUCCAUCCAGCUGGAUGAAAGCACAGAUGUUUCUGACUGUGCAACUUUAUUGGUCUAUGUGAGAUUUGUCUGGGAAAAAGAGUUUGUAGAGGACUUGUUAUGCUGUUUGAAUAUUCCGACCGGGACUACAGGUGAGCAGAUAUUUAGCGUGUUGAACGACUACGUGGUUACAAACUCCGGCCUGGACUGGAGCGCUAUAAAAGGCAUAACAACUGACGGAGCUGCGAACAUGACAGGCAAAAACAGCGGAGUUGUAAAAAAAAAUUUAGACGCAGCCGGCGAGGACAUGGUGUGGAACCACUGUUUUAUUCAUCGGCACGCGUUGGCAUGCAAAGAAAUGCCUGCUGAUCUCGACAAAACGCUAAAAGAGGUUAUCCGUGUAGUGAACUUCAUUAAGAUCAGUUCCCUGAACUGUUGGCUUUAUGAUCAGCUGUGCUGCGACAUGGGGGCGGAGCACACGCACCUACUGUUUCACACAGAGGUGCGCUGGCUUUCCAAAGGACGAGUUCUGACCAGAGUAUAUGAACUGAGAAAUGAAAUCCACGCGUUCCUCCAGGAGAAGAAGUCCCCUCUUGCUGAUCUGUUUACUGAUGAGUGGGUUUUUACAUCGUCAUAUCUGGCAGAUAUAUUCUCAUUGCUGACUGAGCAGAAUUUGAAACUGCAGGGAGAGCACGAUGACGUUUUCCACAACUGUAAACAUGUUCUCACUUUUCAGAAGUCUCUAAAAUUGUGGCUUGCACGCCUCAAAGAACCAAAACCAUGUCAUUACAUCUUUCCAAAUGUGUUAAAACACAUAGAAGAAAAUGAUUUCACUGACACACAAGUAAAGCAUCUUACUGAACUCAUUGUAACACACGCUGUAACUCUUAAUAGUUUUGACCGCUAUUUUCCAAAAGAGAGAUUUGAUAAGAUGAAUGGCAGGUGGAUUCAAAAUCCCUUCGCUUAUGAAAAUCCAGAAUCUCUGCUUGAGUUAGGAUCGACCCCUGGAGAAGCAACGAAGAUGUAACAACUGAGCAGUGAUCCUUUGCUAAAGAAAAGACAUGAAUGAAUGCAGUUGUCCUCAUUUUGGAUAAGCAUCUCAUCUGAAUAUCCUGCCUUGAGUAAGGCCAGCUUUCAGCUUCUCAUUCCCUUCACAACAACAUACAAAUGUGAAGUAGGGUUCUCAGUUCUAACAAAAAUAAAGACAAAAUUCAAUAGUAGACUGAAUGCUGCACCAGAUAUUAGAGUUGCAUUAUCCUCUUGUAAACCAGACUGGAAUGCAAUACUGAAAAACAAACAAGCCCAUCCAUCACAUUAG